GGACUGAAAACCAAGUGAGGAGGUGAAGGAAUGCACUGUAGUACACCAGGCAACAUAAAUGUAGACACUGCAAAUGGAUCCUGACCAUCACUCUCGGAAUAUCUACACAACUGUGGGAAGAUAUCCCGUCCCUUCGCAGCAUUGCUUAACGCAGAGAAGCUUGGACAGUGAAACCAUUAUCUGGAAAUUGGUUGAGUCAGAGAAGCUUUGACAUAUCAUCAGAUCUGAAACUGAUCAGUGGUGUGGAGCCUUCCAUCAGAACCAACCUUUCUGAAGGUUCGGCUGUGGGUGAUCGGUCAGGGUGAGGCUGGGAAGAAGUGAGUGAGUCCAAGUGUGGUGAGAGCUUCAAUCAUUCAUUGAGCCUCAUGAACCACUGACUCAUUCCUACAGGGGAGAGGCUGUUCAAGUCUGAGGUGUGUGAAGAGUACUCCACGAGCUCAAAGGAUCUCCUCACGCCCAAAGUGCAUCUGCUGAACACACUCAUGGAAGAGAAACUUUUCAAGUGUGAGAUGUGCGACCAAGAUUUCAUGCAGUUUUCAAUGCUCAUGCAACACCGAAGUAUCCACAACCUGGUGAAGCCAUUCACUUGUGAAGUUUGCAACAAAUCAUUUUCGCAGUCAUCGCACCUCCGCACACAUCGAUACAUUCAUACAGGAGAGAAACCAUUCAGGUGUGAAGUUUGUGAUAAAGCUUUCACAACAUCUACAACUCUCCUGACUCACCAACGUCUUCACACAGGAGAGAAACCCUUCAGCUGUGAGAUGUGUGAUAAAUCAUUCUCACAGUCAUCACAACUCCGCACACAUCGAUAUGUUCAUACAGGGGAGAAACCUUUCAAAUGUGAAGUUUGUGAUAAAGCUUUUGCGACAUCUACAAUCCUCCUGACUCACCAACGCAUUCACACAGGAGAGAAACCCUUCAGGUGUGAGGUGUGUGACAAAUCAUUUUUACACUCAUCUCAACUUUGUGUACACCAACGUGUUCACACUGGGGAGAAACCGUUCACAUGCAAGUUCUGUAACAAAUCAUUCUCACGUUUAUCAAACUUCAGCCUCCACCAACGUAUUCACACAGGGGAGAAGCCAUUCACGUGUGAAUUGUGUGACAAAUCAUUCUCACGUUCAUCACACCUCCGCUUGCACCAACGCUUUCACACUGGGGAGAAGCCAUUCAAGUGUGAGUUCUGUGACAAAUCAUUCACUCAGUCGUCGAACCUCCGUACACACCAACGCAUUCACACUGGGGAGAAGCCAUUCACGUGCGAGUUCUGUGACAAAUCAUUCUCACAUUCAUCACACCUCCGCCUCCACCAACGCAUUCACACCGGGGAAAAACCAUUCACUUGUGAGGUGUGUAACAAGUCGUUCUCACGCUCAUCCCGUCUCCUCAAUCACCAACGCAUACACACAGGGGACAAACCAUUCACAUGCAGCUUGUGUAAUAAGUCAUUUUCACGGUCGUCAACACUCCUCACCCACCAACGCAUUCACACUGGAGAGAAACCGUACACAUGCAAGGUAUGCGACAAAUCAUUCUCAGACUCAUCGACCCUCCGUGUGCAUCGACGCAUUCACACUGGGGAGAAACCAUACACUUGCAAAAUGUGUGACAAAUCAUUCUCACAGUCAUCUAAACUCAGGAGACACCAGCGUUUGCACACAGGGGAGAGACCAUUCAGAUGUGAGGUUUGUGAGAAGACUUUCACUGACUCUUGUACUUUCUUGAGACACCAGAGGAUUCAUGAAGGGGAAAAACCCUUCAAAUGAGAGAUAUAUGACAAAGCCUUCGCUGGUUAUUGAGGUCUAUCAGAAGAUCCACGCUGGAAAGAAAGUCUUCACGUCCAAGGUUUCAACAAAGCUUUUGUGACAUCGUCAAGAUUCCUGAUACUGCACAUGAUUCACAUAGAGAGAAUAUGUGAGAUAUGUGACAAUUCCAUGUCACAUUUAACAAAACUUUGUGCACAUCAACAUUUCCACGAAGGAGAGAGGCUUGUCAUCUGAGUCUUGAGAUGUAUCAUUUAUGCAUUGAAUAAAUCUAUAAACACUCGAACACAUCCAUACAAGGGAAAAACUAGAUAAAUAUGAGGUGUUGAGAUAAAAGCUUGGCAGAUUUAAGAAGUCUGUUGCACGCCAGGCAAUCUACAGGGGAGAGACCCAUCAAAAUGAAGAUUUGGAAUCAAGCUUUUAAGAUGUCUAUAUGCCUCCCGAUAAACCAGAAGAUUCACACAGUGCAGAAACCCUUCAGGUUUGACGUGUAACGAAACCUUCAGACAGUUAUGAUACUCUGCAAAUACCAAAUUAUUGUUGUGUAAUGUGUGCACCAAAUCCUUCUUAAUGCCAUCUUAGCUCCUGCUCCAUCAGAGGAUCCAUAAAUGGGAGAAAGCUUUCAACUGCAAGAUUUGCAAUUAUGUUUUUGGGAGCUAGAACAGAUACAAUGGAUCAAAUGGCCUUCUUUUGUAAAGUAAAAUUCUAUGGUUCAUUAACUAUCCUGAGACAUCAAAAAUUUCACUCAGGAGAGAACCCCUUCAAACGCAAUGCUUGUGAAAAGCUUUAACGCAAACUCCCAUCUCCUGAAGCAUCAGAAUCCUGAAGAAUCCACUGAUGAGAAAUCAGUCAUGUACAAAAUGUGUGAAAGGCAUUUACAUCGUCUGUGUGUUUCCUGGUUGAUUACAUGAUUACUUUGUGUCUGUCUUCGCUGAGGAAGAUAUUAGAAAUCUCCCAGCAUUAGAAUCAAGGAAGAAUGUGGAAUUGAAUGAAAUUAGAAUUUGCAAUAAGUCUUUACUGGACAAAUUAAUGAUAAGUUACUAGGACCUUAUCGUCUAAUUCCAGAAUGUUGAAAACGGUAGCUAUUAUGAAGAAAGAUGUCUAACUUAUGCAAAUAUUAAUAUUGCUGAAAAGAUAUUUUGCGGAAGCUUUUCUUCUUGCACUUAUCAGGUCAAUUCUGAAGAAUAUCAGUUCAAGGGGAAAACAAAAAUUGAUACUGCAUGAGAGGAGAUUGCUUAUUGUUUGGCAAGUGCACUCACUUGGCAGACAUUGCCACCGAGUGUGCACCCAUUAAUGCUGGUUGACAAUUAACUGCCAGGUUUUAUUUUAAUUUCAAACCAUGUUGAUUCUGAUUGGUCAGGUCACUCCCAUGUGAAAUGAACCAGCAAAUGGCUACCACCUAUUUUGUUGAGUUGAAACACUUCAUGUACAUUUUAAUAUUGUGUUUGGAUGCUAAAGUUUACGAAGAAGCAGAGAUGAAUGUGGGUCUUUUCUACCAAGGUUUCUUUUAAAUAAAAUUAAGUUCAAUGUCCUUGCUCAGAAACCAUAUGGCUAUAGACAUGUAUAAUUUUUUAAUGGAAAACUGUUAAUGCUAUGAUGGUUUAUGACAAGUGGAUAACAUUGAAGGCUAUUGGUUUGUGACAGCUAGAUAAAUGUUUAAGAUUUGCUUAUUGUCAAUUCAGAAAAAUCAAGACGUGGAGGUGCCAAUGUUGGACGAGGGUGGAUGAAGUCAAAGUCACAUGACACCAGGUUACAGUUCAACAGGUUUAUUUGAAAUCUUCUGAAGCUGCUCCUUCAUUAGGUGAAGUCAAGGAUUGAUUUUAGUUUUCAAUACCAGCAAGUGAAAGUUUUCCUUUGGAGCAGUUUGUGGGGUCAGAAGCAAUUGUGGUUUCUCUCUUUAAAGGAGUUUAGAACAGUUCAAGAAAAGUACAAUCACAUCAGUACAACAGUGUAGUUUGUGCACCUUCCAAACCAGAUGUGUAAGUUAGACAUUUAGAAAGUUCAAGCUCUCAAUUCAAUGAGUAUUCAUAUUAGAAGAUUCAACAAUCCACAGGAAGGAAGCUGGGACAAUCAAUUAAGUCAGGCCUAAAGAUUUUAUACAGAACGCUCUGGACUUGGAUUGAUGGUAUUGGAAUUAAAUUGUGUCACAGAGCUGCACAGCACCGAAACAGAUGCUUUAGUCCAACUUAUCCAUGCUUACCAGAUAAUGUAAAUUAAUUUAGUCCCACUUGCCAGCAUUUGGCCCAUAUCCCUUCUUAUUCAUGUACCCAUCCAGAUGUGUAUUAAAUGUUGUAAUUGUACCAGCCUCCAGUACUUCCUCUCGCAGCUCACAUACCAAUCUUGUCCCAUGACCUCCCAAUUUGGCUGUAACCAAAAAAGGCAAACGUACCAAACACCUUCUUCACAAUCCUGUCUACCUGGGGCUCCACUUUCAAGGAACUAUGAACCUGCACUCCAAGGUCUCUUUGUUUAGCAAAGAGACCUACCAUUAAGUAUAUAAUGGUACCCAGGACUUACCAUUAAGUAUAUAAGUCCUGCCUUGAUUUGCCUUUCCAAAAUGCAGCACAUCACAUUUGGGAAUCAGUUUAGCUCAGUUGGCCGGAUUGUUGGUUUACAGAGCAGUGUGAUGCCAACAGCGUGGGUUCAAUUCCCAUCACUGGUUUGAGGUUAUUAUGAAGGACUCUCCUUCUCAACCCCUUCCCUCACCUGAGGUCUGGUGGAGGUCAGUUUAAAUCACCACCAGUCACUUCUCUCUAAUGAGAGAGCAGCCUCUAUGGUCUGGUAAGAUUAUGCGACACAACCUCACAUUUAUGUAGGUUAAACUCCAUCUGCCACUCCUAGGCCCGUUGGCCCAUCUGAUCAAAUCCCUUUGUACUCUGAGGUAACAUUCUUCGCUGUCCACUCCACAUCCAAUUUUAAUGCAAACUUCCUAACCAUACCUCCUAUGCUCAUAUCCAAAUCAUUUAUAUAAAUGAUGAAAAGCAGUGGACCCAGCACCGAUCCUUGUGACACUCCACUGAUUACAGGCCUCCAGUCUAGAAAGCAACCCUCCACCACCAGCUUCUGUCUUCUACCUCUGUAAACUUUGUGUUGCAGUGCAUUUUAAUUUUUUUUCUAGUUAUCUUCUACAUAUAGCUUGGUUUGUUUAGUUUUGUUCCAGCCUUUUGUGUAAUAAUCUUCAGUUUGUUAAAUAAACUUUGCAGUCUCA